CAAACGACGAAAUUCCCCAGGAGCUUUCUUCCCUCCUAGAAGUCGCACAACGCAAAAGGCUUGACUCCUCUCCGCCUUGGAUCGCAGCAGUGGUUGAUUUUUUUUUUUCUUUUCGCUCUCCCUUUCAGUUCCACGUUGCCUGCGGGCUCUCUUUCUUUUGUUCCCUUGUACUUAAUACAUAUAUCCUUUACCUCCCUCCUUCUCGCCUCUCUCCUUGUCUCCCCAGGUCGCUCUUUGCAUCCGUGCUUCACUGGCUGGACCGCAUCUCCAAAGUCAGGGAACGCACGAUAACAAUGAUGACGUGGUUCGCUGGAGCAGCCCGGUUAGCAUGGCUUUGCGCCUUGCUGUGCUCCUCGCUUGUCGCCGGUCAGGAUGAUGUGAAGAGCAUACCGGUAUGCAUGAACUGAUGGAGCCUGUCAAUAGGAGCGCUAAGUCAGGUCCAGCUUCGCACGCACAGCCUGCAAGUCCCUUUCUUGGACUCGGACAUGCAGAACAGAUGGUUCGACUACGGCGGCGAUACCGUCAUACGGACGGACAAGUAUAUCAGGCUCACGGGUGACAUUGGCUCGCGAUCAGGCUGGAUCUUCAGCCGUGUGCCUCUUACAGCCACAAAUUGGGAGAUUGAAGUCGAAUUUAAGAUCACCGGCACUGGCAGUCUCUAUGGCGACGGCAUGGCCAUGUGGCUCACCAAGCAGCGGGCUCAAGGUGGCAGGGUGUUUGGCUUCCAAGAUAGGUUCGAGGGCCUAGGCAUCUUCAUCGACACGUACAAGAACAACAGGCCAGGCGUAGUGUUCCCUUAUGUGAUGGCCAUGCUUGGGGACGGCAACACUCCGUACGACAAGGAGAAUGACGGCAAAGCCAAUGAGCUGGCUGGGUGUUCGGCACGGGGAAUUCGCAACGCCAACCAGCCGACUAAACUUCGCCUCACGUACUUCCAGGACAAGUCACUCAGCCUAGACUUGCAGUACAAGUCCGAGGAUAAGUGGGAGAAUUGCUUCACACUCGGACCGGACGUCAAGAUCCCCAGCGUCGCGUAUCUGGGCUUCAGCGCUGAGACGGGAGAGCUAGCCGACAACCACGACCUCAUAUCUGUCCAGACCAGGAAUCUGUACGCGCCCUCAUCUGGUCCCAGCACCGGCGCGGAAAAGGGUCGCAGCAAGAAGCCCACGAACAACAAGCUGAGCUCCUCGGACAGCUCUAGUGGUGGGUGGGGUUGGUUCUUCACAAAGUUCAUCAUCUUCGGUUUCGUGAUCACGGGUGCCUACGUCGGUUUCACAGCGUACAGGACGCAAAGGAUGAGGUCGAGGUUCUGAACAAAGAUUUUGCAUUAGGCGAGGAAAAAUUUUCGCUCAACACGUGGUGCUUUGGGUUCUUGCACGGCAUGAAUGCUUCCUUUCCUCUUCCUCCCUUCGACUCGUUCCCAUUAGUGUUUGGCGCUGGCGUUGGCGGGCAUAGGUACCUGAUGCAUGCGGAAAAAAAGUCGGAACCCAAAACUUUGCUGCCAGUCCCUCGUCGUCGUGAGAGCGUACAGUGACGUGGGGAAUGAGGAGACGUGUGCAAGGGAUAUGAGCUGGAGGAUGAACAGGAACGAGGCUGGAUAGUGUCCCAUUUUCCUCUCCACAAAGUGCAGAACAUCGUCAAGACGAAAAUGCUGAAGACAAUGUACACUUGAACGUCUGUUUGAUUUUUUUUCCCUCUAUCUUGAUUCCCCUCAUACAAACUUUCCACUUCCUAUACAGUCACACGAUAUUGGUACACGACCCCGAUGCUAAAAACAAAAUGCUUUGAGUGGAGCAUUAUAAUCACCUUCC